AGACAGGUACCGCCGAUUUUCAAAUUAUUUAAUCGACAAUCAUAAACCCUGAGGGCCUGAACUACCCCACUUCGUCAUUGUAAUCUCCGCAGUCUGUUUUUUGGUCGAACAAUCCAAAACUCCAACGGAGAUUUCAGUCCCACUAAACCCCAAAGUUCAAUCCGACUGAAACCCAAAGCCCGAUCGACGAAUUCAAAGUCCCUGCUCGCUUGAUAACCUUCCAGUCUUUGAUCUUGAACCACUCAGGCCAGAAAUCGAAGCGCGCAUCACUUUCAGAUUCCAUGGCUGUUGCUUGCGAUCCAAUCCAUGGAUGUCACAACCUGUUCUUUCCAAGUAACCCGAACCAGAAUCCAGAUUUUAGGAACCGGGUUUGCUUGGGAGUACCAGUAAAAGCCCGUGGUGUUUUUCCGUCUAAUGGUAGAAAACUGAAGGCAAAGUUGGGGAGUGGAGUGCUGGCAGCGGCGCUAGUAGGAGUGGAGGAAGUGAAGGGUGGUUUGGGGCUUGAUGUGGUGGCGGAGGGAGAGUUGAGGGAGAAGGGGUUUCUGGGUGUGAGGAAGACGAAGCUUGUGUGCACGAUUGGGCCUGCUUGCUCUUCUUUGGAGGAGCUGGAGAAGUUGGCACGGGGAGGGAUGAAUGUUGCCAGGCUUAAUUUGUGCCACAACACUAGAGAGUGGCACCGAGACGUGAUCAGGAGGAUCAAGAGCUUAAAUGAGGACAAGGGUUUUUGUCUCUCAGUCAUGAUUGACACUGAGGGUAGUCAGAUUCAUGUGCUAGAUCAUGGGGCUCCCUCAUCUGUCAAAGCAGAGGAGGGUUCGAUUUGGUUGUUCACUGCUGAAAACUUGACCGGUUCUCUUCCACUAACAGUUCAGGCAAACUAUGAAGGGUUUUCUGAAGGUAUUCUGGUUGGUGAUGAACUUGUUAUUGAUGGUGGGAUGGCCAGUUUUGAAGUAAUUGAGAAGAUUGGAGAUAAUUUGCAUUGUAAAUGCACAGACCCAGGUCUGUUUCUUCCUCAAGCAAAAUUUAGCUUUUGGAGAGAUGGGAAGCUUGUGGAGAGGAAUUAUGGGCUCCCUACUCUGUCAACUAAGGAUUGGGCCGACAUUGACUUUGGAAUUUCUGAAGGCAUUGAUUUUAUCGCCAUGUCCUUUGUAAAUGAUGCUGAUUCUGUCAAGCAUCUGAAGAACUUCCUUUCAACCAAAUCAUCCAGAUCAAUACAAGUAUUGGCAAAGAUUGAGAGCUUGGAAUCUCUUCAGCAGCUGGAAGAAAUUGUAGAGGCUUCUGAUGGAAUCAUGGUGGCUCGGGGAGACCUUGGAGUUGAAGUUCCACUUGAACAGAUCCCAACGGUUCAAGAGAAAAUAACUUACACUUGCAGACAACUGAAUAAGCCAGUGAUUGUAGCUUCUCAACUUCUCGAGUCAAUGAUUGAAUAUCCAACUCCAACACGAGCUGAGGUUGCAGAUGUUUCUGAAGCAGUUCGGCAAUAUGCCGAUGCAUUGAUGUUGUCUGGUGAGUCAGCAAUUGGAUCAUAUGGACAGAAAGCUCUUUCUGUCUUGAGGAUGGCGAGCAGCCGAAUGGAACUAUGGAGUCGUGAAGAAAACAGACAAACUACUCUCCAUCAGUGCCAACUUGGAGUGUCAUUGGCUGAGCGUAUUGCUGAGCAAAUUUGCAACUGUGCUGUUGAAAUGGCUAACAACCUUGGUGUAGAUGCCAUCUUUGUGUACACAAAACAUGGACAAAUGGCAUCACUUCUAUCUCGCAAUCGUCCCUGCCCUCCAAUCUUUGCAUUUACCAAUGAUGAAAGUACCCAAAAAGCCCUAAAUUUGCGGUGGGGAGUCAUCCCCAUCCUCGUUGAUUUGUCAGAUGAUAUGGAAGCCAACAUAUCAAAAACGAUCGAUCUUAUUAAAACAAAGGGAAUGAUAAAAGAUGGAGAUUCUGUUAUGCUGGUCUCAGAUUUAACUCAAACCUCUGCAACCUCGACGGCAUCUCAAGCAAUCCAGGUGAAAACUGUCGCGUAAGGGGGACCUAUCUCUUCGACAUGGACAUGCUAUUCGUUGAACCGAUUGCAAGAAGAUAUAUGUACCCUUCCAAUUUAUGAUAAGCUCAUACUUUUUAGCUAUGAUUCUACUAUGUUCAUUCUGGCAGGAGUGAUUCCCAGAGACAGAUACAUUGGUUUUUGACCGAAAAUCGGCUUUGCUCACUUGUCUUUGAACAUAUUUUAUGCUUCUGUUCUGUUCUGCAUGGAUUAUGAAAAUUGGAAAUCAGUGGCUUCUUGCAAGUUGA